AUGCCCCUCCCUCAGCCGGCAUUCAGAGCAUUAGUAGACAACAGAUAUGCCCCUCCCUCAGCCGGCAUUCAGAGCAUUAGUAGACAACAGAUAUGCCCCUCCCUCAGCCUGCAUGGUGUGCUUCCCUAUAAGGCUGCUUCCACUGUGUUUGAGGCGUCUCAAAAGUCGGCACUUCCGCCGUGGUACUGCAUGACUCGUGAGGGGUCUCAAACUCUUUCCCCGCCCUCUCCCUCCGUUCCCUCCCCAUCCUCACCCCCUACUCUCAUGCUCCCCUACACGUUGUCCCAUCCGCCGGGUCCGCCGGGGUACUACCUGCGGGAGGCACCUUGGAAGGGCGCCACACCCCGUGGGCGUCACUCCCCAUCUCUCCUAUCCCAUUUCCCCUAUCCCCUUCUCCGCUUGACCCCCCCCGUGCAUCUAUCCCAGUCCACCGGGGUACUACCUGCGGGAGGCACCUUGGAAGGGCGCCACACCCCGUGGGCGUCACUCCCCAUCUCUCCUAUCCCAUUUCCCCCAUCCCCUUCUCCGCUUGACCCCCCCCGUGCAUCUAUCCCAUCCGCCGGGUCCGCCGGGGUAGUACCUGCGGGAGGCACCUUGGAAGGGCGCCACACCCCUCCGCCGGGGUACUACCUGCGGGAGGCACCUUGGAAGGGCGCCUCCACAUGGCACAUCCACUUUCCGGGCGGCGGGUGGUGCGGCAACAAACGGCAGUGCCGCAUUCGAGCCGGGAUGCAGCUUGGAAGCACCAGCAUGUGGCCGACAACCAAUAACGGCACGUGGGCGCAGGGUCAAUUCUUGGGCAUUCUGAGCAGCAGCGUCGCGCUGAAUCCGUUCUUUGCGGGGUGGCACCUGGCCAUGGCUGUCUACUGCGAUGGGGGAGGCUAUGCGGGAGCAGCCGGGCGCGUGGCCGUGGGGGAGGGGCGCUACGUGUACAUGGAUGGCAGCAGGAUCGUCAGUGCUAUCAUGGAUGACCUGCUGGCAAACCGAGCAAUAGCGAGGGCGACGACAGUGCUGGUGUCGGGGACGUCAGCGGGGGGGCUGGCAGUGAUGCGCCUGUGUGACUCCCUCGCUGCUCUGCUGCCCCGCGCCACCGUCAAAUGCCUCCUCGAUGGCUCCUUCUUCCCCGGUACAGUCCCCUUCUCAUUCUUCCCCGACGCCCCGGACCGCACGGGGAGAAUGCACUUUCAGAGCCUGGCCCAGCAAAUCGCAGCGCUGCACCAAUUCUCCCCGCAGUCCCGCUGCGAUCAAGUGACCCCUGCGUCUGAGCGGUGGCGAUGCUUCUUUCCCCAAUACGCCCUCCCCUUCGCCUCAUCCCCCUUCUUCAUACUAAACACCGUAUUUGAUGACGCAUCUCUCCUCAUUGAUCUCAACGGGACGCAGAACGGCAUGGCGGGGGCGCCGCGGAUCCUCAUCUCAGGCUGCUCUGCGGGCGGAUUCCCAGUCACGCGCAUCUGCGACUCCGUGGCCGCCGCGCAUCCCAUGGCCAACGUCAAGUGCCUCAUUGAUGGAGCCUUAUUCCUUGCAAAUGCAGCCAAGGUACGGAACCAUGGAAGUGAAAUGGCAGCAGCAGCAGCAGCAGCAACAGCAGCGGCAGUGUGUUUAGCCGUGGCGCUUCUAGCGCAGGUAUCAGCAGCCACCGCGUCGGCGAGUGCGUCGUCGACGGGUCCGAUCCCGUCGGGAGUUCCCAACACGAAUCUCUACCUCUUGCCCAAUAAUGACCUCGGCGCGAAAUGCCUCGACGGCAGUCCCCCAGGUUACUACUUCCGGCCGGGCAGCGGCAGCGGGGCCAAGUCAUGGCACAUCCACCUGCCCAUCGGGGGGUGGUGCGCGACAAUGGAGGACUGCGCGGACCGCGCGAAGACGCCGCUGGGGAGCACGCGCAUGCAGGCGGACAAGAACUGGCGGUGGUCCAAGUUUCUGAGCAAAGGCAUGAUGAGCCCGCUGGCCAAGACCAAUCCGCUGUUCUUUAACUGGAAUUAUGUCAUGCCCGUGUAUUGCGACGGCGGGGGGUUCCAAGGGAAGGCGGGGUUGAGAUCGGUGCAGGGCGGUCCGUCGCUGUACCUGGACGGGAGAAAGGUUCUCCGUGCGAUUCUUAGAGAUGUCCUGGCGACACGUGGCAUGUCGUCAGCUUCUGAGGUGCUUAUAUCGGGAGCAUCGGCGGGCGCGCAGGCAGUGACGACCUUUUGUGACUUUAUCGCGGCGCAGCUGCCGGGCGCCAGCACCAAGUGCCUCAUGGACUCGGGCGUGUUUGUCGACGCGCGCGACCGCAAGGGCGGGCGGAGGUUCCGGUCAGUGGCGCAGAAGCUGGUGGCGAUACACCAAUUCCAGGGGAGCGACCGCUGCAGUGCUG